AUUUACUUGUGAUAUCUUCUAGUUGAGUGCGAUAAAAUAUCAAUAUAAAAAUGAAUGUUAACUAUUUGAUUUUGUUAUGUGUAACAUUUUAUAUUCCAGCGAUAAAUGCUAUCGAGAAACCGGAAUUAGAUUUUCUAUGGAAUGCGAUAAAAAAUGUACAAACCGAAAAGGACUAUAUACAGUGGUCCGACUUGAUGGAGUAUUAUAAGGUGAAUGAAAUACAAUUUAUUGGCAUAACAACAAGAUUUGGAGUCACAUUUAAGAAUGAUAAAGGUAAAUCAGACGUAAAAAUGUAUUAUGACGGAUUUAUCAAGGCCGCAGAUGAAGGCUAUAUACCAAGAUGGGAUUUAUCUGUGAUACGUGAGAAAUUUGAAGAAAUCGCCUCGAAAGGACAAUUUGAACCUAAUAUUACUAUCGCCGACAUAGAAAAAUAUGAUGUAGAAAAAAAAUUCACUCCAAAAGAUAUCGAUGACAUUAUGGAAAAAUUCGGGUUAGGAGAACGGCUUCUGACUUUUUAUAGAUUUUCAAGAGCGGUGAACACCGAUACAUUUCCAGUACUCGACUUAAAUGCUCGCUUGUACAAGUUGCAAGAAUGCGAUAGAACCGGCGGCCAUAAGAAGUGUAUAAGACACCGGCUUAUAAGGUUUUUAAGGGCUAUAAGACACCGCAUAUAAGUCAAUUAUAUUAUCAUAUUUUUU